GGACAAUCGCAUUGACGGGACGGCAAGGGAGGUCAGGCUGGCGGGUACUGCAAGCUGAGUUGCAUCGGCUGUCAGCUUUGCGGGACCGGUUCCUUUGAUGGAGGGCCGGCGGGGUAUUUGAUUGGAUGGCGAUCCGACAAUGUUGGUGCCUGAAGCAGAGCCAUUGGCUGCACAGGCGAUGAUCGGCCGGCCCCAUGUCACCCUGUGGCUGUUGGUUGUUCAGCAGGAAGGGGCAGCACAGCGCACAACACGGCUUUGUCUUCCCACCCCCACGAAGGGCCUUGCCCGCCCGUUCCAAUUCCACUUUGGUGUCGCCCGACUGGGAAGGCGUGGGAGGGAAGGGAAGGGAAGGGCUCCAGCUCCUUUCCUCCCUUUCUUUUCCCUCCAAUGCCUUCCUCGCUACAUUGUUCAAUCGCCCAGUCCAUCACACAGACAAGUUCCCUGCGCCGUUGGAGCAGGUCCUUUUCCACCUGGCGCUGCCAGAGGAACAACGCCUUGUCUAUUUCCGCCUAUUCAGCCUAACCCCCUUCCCUUGUCACCACUUGGCGAGCCCUCCAGUGCUAGGCCCCUGCGCGCAUAUCAACGGCGAGCGGCGGUCCGCAUUUGUCCUUGAGGAAUACCUCCGGUCCUGGAACAAUGUCCGCCACGCAAGCCGAGGCUGAGCCGGAGGAUCACACGGUCAAAGGUUUGGCUCUGGGAAUACAAGGACUCUCCUUGAGACAGGAGCCAGUCGUUACCCAUGAAGCCGCCCAGACCCAGACUGGCUCGUCUCGAGCAUCACUACCCGCCGCUAUGGUGGACCCGGCCAGGCCACCAUCGCCAUCAGCUUCGGUCUCCAAUCCGGUAACCCCUUUUCCCUACGAAAGCGCUAGUAUGGCUUCUCCCGUGAGUCGCCAGAUGGGCGGCAAAAAAGGAGCGGGUACCCGUAUCGUAAUACCACGUAUCCCAACUACCGACGACAACGACGACCAGGCCUUAUUCGGUGAUUUUUUACGCACCAACACCUUGACUACCGUGUCGACAAACACCCCCCACACGCCCGUGACGCGAACUUCCACAUGGUCAUCCUUGGCAUCUGUAGACACGGUUGCUUCCAGUCCCACUGGUGAUUAUUAUACGAUGGAUGAGCAAAAGCAUCCCCAUCGCCUUCGUUAUCCACUAAUUCCCCUAGACUACCUUCAAUCCUACAUUAUGGAGAACCCUGUCACCUCUGAGUUCGGCAGCGACGUGGCCAAUUCUAGGGUGCCCAUCAAGAGCAGUAUAUCCAAGACUCAUGAUCUUGUCGGCUCAUAUCUCAAGUCCGAAAGGUCCGUCCACAUGGUCGACACGGACGUACCUAAACCUCUCGCAACCCGAAAGACCAUGCCCCAUAGCCGGGGACUCAGAGAAACAACCGCUGUGGCCCCCAAGCUCCUGGUAUCUCAUAGCACUUUCCCUCUUGCCUCACCGGAGUUGACGGCCCGCGAGGCCAGUUUCUCCCCGCCCCGCCACUCAGGGCCGACUCUAGCCCCAGAGAAGGGUAUCACUGGCAUCUUGGGCCCCAUAGACCUUCCGACUCGGUCCCUCUCUCUUGCCCAGCUCCGUAAGAGGGAGGCUGGGUUGAGCGGCGAGGCCAAAUCAGAGGACAGAGUAAUGCAGUUUGUCCAGGAUCAAGGCUGCCGGAGUCAGAGCUUGCGCGAUACGCCAGAAUCAAGAGCGCCUAUGGAGAGCGAUGGCACGUCCUCUAACCAUAUAGUCGGGACAGGUGCCACCCAACCUCGCACUUCUGAGCGCCCCGCAACCUCCAAAGAUGCCUCGACAUCUGCGCCAGAGAGCGAGAACUCCCUUACGGCUCAGUUAGUGCCAAGCACCAUUGACUCGGGCUGCGGCAGUGUUUCGCAAAGUUAUCAUAGGCCAGACGCCGCCCAGCCUCGCACUCCUAAGCGCCCCGCGACCUCCAAAGGAGGCUCAACAUCUACGCCAGAAAGCGAGGACUCCCCUCCGGCUCAGCCGACACCAAGUACCAGCGACUCGGGCUCCGACCAGGGUGUCGAGAGCAGUGUGGUUUGCGAAGAGCUCGCCGAAGACUCACAAGACCGGUUCACUCAGAACAUUUACGCUGUAAUUGUGCAACACACUCCAGGCCUUGUGCUCGACGAGCUCGAUCAAUCACUCAAGGAGUUGGCAGACCGGUGCGUCGAGCGCGCGGCCAACCUCACUCAAGCCACUCUUAACAAGCGGGCGGCUUCCAUCGCAGCAGCAGCUUUCUCUGGGGAUUCCCUGCCGCACAGCACCGAACCGCCACCCUGCGAUGCAUCGCCAUCUUCGCACCCAGCCAACGCGGGUGGGGGCGGCGGCUCCUUUGGCCAGGGUCAGGAGCAAGCCAACCAUCGCAAGCGUAAGGACCCGUCUGAUGGGAGCCCGGACAAAGGCUCUUCCAGCCAGGAGGACGACAGUGGCAAGGACAACCAGGGGGCUGAGUUACGCACCUCGUCCGAGGUCAAGCUGCUGAGCUGCCCGUUUCGCAAGCGCAACCCGUUUCGGUUCAAUGUUCGUGCCUACGACAGUUGCGCAUGUCAAGGGCACGCAGACAUGGCCCGGCUGAAGCGGCACGUCAAGAUAUACCACAGCCUGAAAAAUGAGAGGAAGAACCAGUGUGGCCGGUGCAUGUUAGUCUUCGAGACGGACCGCGAACUGAAAGAACACCUAAGGCAGGUCAACCGGUGCAACCUCGUCGACGUGGAUGUGGGGAAUAGAGACCCCGAGGACGGAAUCACGAAGGACAUCGAGGAUCGCAUUAAUGGCCGCAAAAAGGGGCUGAAGGUGGACACGUGGGAGGCUCUCUGGGCACUUUUGUUCCCUGAGGAUACCAUUGUGCUCAGUAGUGAAUUUGCUCCUGUUGUCGAAUCGUUUGAUGUCUGGCACGAAUUCCACUUGGACGAUGGCGGGUUUCCUCCGCUCAAGUCCAAGGGGAGCGACUGUGAGCAGUACGUCGAGAGCAAGUUCAAGAGCUGCAUGGAGGACCCGACCAAGGAGCGUAAAGAUCACGGCGGCGUGCACCUUUCCAUAAUCGAAUCAGGUGGUGCGCCUGUCGGCGCUGCACCAAGGCGGCAGCAGACCAGGCAUGAUUGGAUACCAGCCACCCCCGGCUCCUCCAGCGGACCUUCCGGCUCCCCAACGGCAAAUAGAGAGCCCAACGGUAGGAACAAACGCCGGUGCCCACAGCCAUUUCCUCCUGUACCCAGCCAUGGCGGUGUCGGCAACGGUGGCCCGCCGCCCAGCGAGCACAUAGCAACACCGAACCUGGCAUUUCGGUCUUCUUCGUACCAGCGCCCGCUGGCGCCGCGACCACAAGUGGCUGCCCACGCUGAAGAGGCGGCUGCGAGCUCCACGGCGCAGCUGAUACCUUUGCACACGGCCGCACUUGCCACUCGCAAUCAAGGCCACUACAAUGGCAUGGGCCACCACAACACCACGAACGGAGGGCUAGGCACCGGCAUGGCCAGCGGGGAAUUCGCCUUCGACGAGGAUGUCACGGAUUGGCUUGAACACAGCAAUUCGAUGAUUGGCAUGGGGGAGAUGAUGUCGGCCGUGGCCGCUGGCAAGCAACGCGAGGUCGCGCCCUUCAUGAGACGGCCAAGCUCCAGCGCCGCCACGGUAAUUCCCAACGGCAACAUGUCACCACCGCCGCAGCAGCAGCAACAGCAACGGGAGCAGCAGCAACGGCCCAUGUCAUUCACGCCCGGCAUGGGCAGCUACAGUGCCGACACGCGCCUGCUCGUGAGCCACGCGGCCGGCGGCGGCCCCGAUGGGCCAUACAAUAAUUCCGCCAUGUGUAGCGGCGCUUCUUCUCAGAUGCCGACAGCGGCCACGGCAGCCCCAACCGCCGCCAUGGCGACCAUGGCCGACGGCGUCUUCCAGCCGUUUUCCAUGGGGCCGGCCGGCUACGGCGAGCAAUAUAUACCCCCGGGGACAACAGCAGCUUUGCCAAACCCCGACGCGGACUACAUGAACAGAGGGGCGACGGUGACGUACGCAGGCGACUUGAACUUGGGCGGCAUGUCGCAGCUGAUACCCUCCGGCGACCAGAGCGGCUCCUACACAUACGCGCAACGCCAAGAUGACGUGUUGGCGGAUAGCUUACACAUGGACUACGACAUGGGAAUCACGUCUCCUGUGCCGCAUGAUGAGGCCCAGUUCCAAAGUUCUGGAUAAGGGAUACCUCUGGCUUUACCUAGUUUGCCCCUUUACUAUUUCAGGUGUCCUUUUGCAAUUUUCCAGCAGUUUGUUUUUAUACUCUCACAUGUCCUUUUUCUUUUGUUCAUAUCUCGAAACUGAGCAAAGGAGCAGAUCUCUCUUCCAGCUGGCUUGUAUUUGGCUUGGCGACAGCGUGGUAAUUUUUUUUUUUGGGUGCAGGGGGGAUCUCCGAGUAGUGAACAGCGUCGCUCUGCAUGUCAACCAAUUUACAGAUAAUCUUUGCUACCUUCAGAAACGCGCCAGCGCCGGACAGGGAGAAGCUUGCUUAAUCUAAAAUGCUGGUGGCAUACCUUGCAUUCAUGCAUGCCGUCUUGUCUGGGCUGAGGGGGUGGUUGUACUGACGCGUGCAAGACACGAAAGAGGGAAGAAACAACCGGAUGAUUAUAUGGUACACGGGCGUCUUUCUACUUAUCCACCUCUGGAACAUGAAAAAAGAAAGGCUUUCUGUAUCUUCUUUUUUUCUUGACGCCAUU